AUGGCGAAAACGAGACCAGGCAAAAAGGAUUUAGACUCAUACACAAUCAGAGGCACAAACAAGAUAGUAAGAGCCGGAGAAUGUGUUCUGAUGCGACCUACAGACACAUCAAAACCACCGUACGUAGCCCGUGUAGAGAAGAUCGAACAAGACAACAGGAACAAUGUGAGAGUUCGCGUGAGAUGGUACUACAGACCUGAGGAAUCAAUUGGUGGUCGUAGACAGUUUCAUGGUGCUAAAGAGCUUUUUCUUUCUGACCAUUAUGAUGUUCAGAGUGCUCACACUAUUGAAGGAAAAUGCGUUGUUCACUCUUUUAAGAAUUAUACUAAGCUUGAGAAUGUAGGUUCUGAGGAUUAUUAUUGUAGAUUUGAGUAUAAGGCUGCUACCGGUGCUUUCACUCCUGACCGUGUCGCCGUGUAUUGCAAAUGUGAAAUGCCUUAUAACCCGGAUGAUCUCAUGGUACAAUGCGAGGGGUGCAAGGAUUGGUACCAUCCUGCUUGCGUGGGCGUGACUAUUGAAGAAGCAAAGAAAUUGGACCAUUUUGUUUGUGCUGAAUGUUCAUCGGAUGACGACAUAAAGAAACCCCAAACUACAUUUUCUUCAUCACCUGGAUCUGAUAGCAAGGUGGAGCCUAAGCGACGGAAGAGAGGACCAUAA